GAGGCAGCGGAAGGGGAGGAGGACCGCUGGGGAGGAGCAUCGCGGCGGCGGCUGAGCCCAGCUCUUCGGGGAGGCCGGCGGAGGGGCCCGGUGGCUCCAGCCCCGCAGCAGCAGGCGGCGGAGCGGGGGGUGCCGGCCGCGCCACCCGCGAUGUGGACGCAGCACCGGCGGCGGGGGGCCCCGUAGGGGCCGAUCGCGGGGGGCGGGCGCGCCCCAGCCCUGCGGGGACCCGGCUCCGCGGGGCGCUCGGCCUCUGGCGAAGACUCCGGCCGGGGCAGCGGCUCGCCGGGGGCCCGGGGCCGACGGGGGUCGCGGGGGGAUGCGCCCUUAGCCGCCCUCUGCGCGCUGCCCGGCGCGCCGCCCGGACCUGCGCCUGGCGAGCCCCCGCGCACCCGCCCCUGGCUGGCCAAAACUUGUUGGACUUGUUUUUCCGGCGCCGGCUGCUCCCCAGGUGGGGCUGGCCGAGCUGGGCUUGGGGGGCAGAGUAAAGGGGCUCGGGCCCAGCCUGCGUCUCUGGAAUUUUCAACCCUCCUGCCCCAGCGCAGCCCCACGGACUAACGGGGCGGGUGGAGGGUCACAGCCCGGAGCCGGGCGGCUAGACCAGGCCGGAGUUACCCCCUGCGCCAAAUAACCAGUAACUCGCUCGUUUUUGCUCUAUUCUCCCCCCCGCCCCGAUUUGUUUUUCCCAUUGGAAGGCAUCACUGUUUCCUCGGGCUGCCCCACGGAGAUAUGGCCAUGGUGGCUGGAGGCUGGGGAGACCCGAAUGGAGACACCAACGGGGUGGACAAGGGUUACCCCAGGACCUCCGAAGAGGACUCGGUGUCGCCCCAAGGUGGGGUGAGCGACCAGGAGCACGGGGACGAGGACAAGCCGGGCAUCCAGGUGGACUGCACCGUGUGCGGGGACAAGUCCAGCGGGAAGCACUACGGGGUCUUCACCUGCGAGGGCUGCAAGAGCUUCUUUAAGCGGAGCAUCCGGAGGAACCUGAGUUACACCUGCAGGUCGAACCGAGACUGUCAGAUUGACCAGCACCACCGCAACCAGUGCCAGUACUGCCGCCUGAAGAAGUGCUUUCGUGUGGGCAUGAGGAAAGAAGCUGUCCAGAGAGGCAGGAUCCCGCCCACUCACUCCAGCACCAGCCCGAACGCCAUGCCCAGCGGGGAGUAUUACAACGGGCAGCCAGUCUCGGAACUCAUCUCCCAGUUGCUCCGGGCGGAGCCCUACCCGACUGCCCGCUACGGCUCGCAGUACGCCCAGCAAGGCAGCGUGAUGGGUAUCGACAACAUCUGCGAGCUGGCGGCCAGGCUGCUGUUCAGCACGGUGGAGUGGGCCCGGAACAUCCCUUUCUUCCCAGAACUGCCGGUCUCCGACCAGGUGGCCUUGCUGCGUCUGAGCUGGAGCGAGCUGUUCGUCCUUAAUGCUGCGCAGUCGGCGCUGCCACUGCACAUGGCCCCCCUGCUGGCUGCGGCUGGAUUCCACGCCUCCCCCAUGUCCGCAGAGCGCGUGGUGUCCUUCAUGGACCAGAUCCGGAUAUUUCAGGAUCAGGUGGAAAAACUGAACAGGCUGCAAGUGGAUUCUGCUGAAUACAGCUGCCUGAAGGCCAUCGCCCUCUUCACGCCAGAUGCCUGCGGCCUCUCGGACCCUGCCCACGUGGAGAGCUUGCAAGAGAAAGCUCAGGUGGCCCUGACAGAGUACGUCCGUGCCCAGUACCCAUCUCAGCCCCAGCGCUUUGGCAGACUCCUGCUGCGGCUCCCGGCACUCCGGGCGGUGCCGGCUUCGCUCAUCUCUCAGCUCUUCUUUAUGAGACUGGUGGGGAAGACACCCAUCGAAACACUAAUUAGGGACAUGCUGCUGUCUGGGAGCACGUUCAACUGGCCUUACGGGACGGGGCAAUAGGAGAUAGCGGGAAUUCUCCCCUCGCGGUCCCAGACGCAGCUCGGGAACCCCAGCCCGUUCCACCAGAAACCCUUCCUAGCUGGGCCCUUUACUGAGCGGUUCCUGCGAGACCAGAGGCUCAGGCCUGCGAGGUUCUUUUCCAGGCCGGAGUCCCAGACAGUGCGAUCCCCCACCCACGUGGCAACGUUAGCUAGCGCCUCGCCCGGGUGUUGCACACGGAACCCCCUCCCCACUCAUGGAGUGGGUUAGCAAAGGGAUGGAGCCAUUUACUUUUCUGGGAUGACUUUUCAGAGCGUGACAGCAGAUGGCUCUGGACAGGUGACGACUGGAAUCGAACAACAGGCGGGUCGUACGGUCGGGAUUUGAACUUUUAUUUUUUCCUUAUUUAGAAAAACCUCUCUGAAGGCAAGACAGGCUUGAACUCCCAUCCCUGGGGUACCGGACAACAGAGAUGGGAAAUGACUGUGGGCUAUUCUGCUGCUCUGCCCGUUGCCUCUGAGCCAGUCCAGGGUGCCCGGGGCUGCCGGCCUCUCUCUCCUGCCCCCCCCGUCCCCCCCAUCUGCCUUUUGCACGCAAGCUAAAUGACAGAUGUCAGGUAAAAUAGCCAGCAACUGUCUCUGGCAAGAGCGUUUUGAGCCCUAGGAACUAGGUCGGGAGGAGAGCCCGGCGCCUGGCCCCUAGCCAAUGGCAGACGACUCUAGGGAAUAACAGAACUGCCCAGUGUCAGGCGGGAUAAAAUAACCGAGUUUGGGAAGGGAGAUAAAGCCAUACCCUCCAGGGAUGAGCCAGUGUGUGUUGGGGGACAGGGGGAGGGAAAGGAAGAAGUGGGGGGUCAUGUUAGGCCUUCGUGUGGGUUCUUGCAUCAUCUCCGCUUUCAAGGCCCAAGGGAUCGUUCCGCCCUAUCUGAGCGGCAGCCCCCAGGCCCCAUGCUGUCACCCAGUCACGCCUGCAUCUAGCGCAACAGCUAGGGAGAACCUAGGUGCUGGCCACGGGCUACUGGGCUAGAAGGGCCGCAGGUCAGAUCCAGUCUGGCCUUCCAUGGGGGAAGAGCUCCCGGGACUGGGCGCUCCAGUGCUUGGACCUGCCUGCUUCCCUCAACCCUCCGCAGGCAACGACGCUUCCCUGCUGUUCAGCCCGAAUUCACCUUGGCUCUAGCUACACGAUGCCUGGCCUGGCGUGGAGACAGUAGGUGAAGGGGAGGCAUUUCCUAUAUUACAGAUGACCUCCCCCGCAUUCAUUUCACCACUCUAUAUUUGACAUCUCCCAGCUCAGCUCAAGCCAGUCCCUCUCCGCCUGUGAUCCUGUCGAGGAAAAUUAGCAGCUGCUUUACACCGCAGACCCUUAUAUACAGGAAACAGUGUCUCCCCCCUUUCCUUUUUUUCAGGCAUACAGCUGUUUCCCUCUCCUAAUUCUGCUGAGCCUUUGAGGAGCGGUAGUGAGCUCUUAAAUUGCUUGAAGGCUGCCAACAUCUGAAAUGGAAGGGAGGGGACCAAGAGGCAGAAUCUCUGCAUGGCAAAAUAAAAAGCAGACAGCAAUUAUUAAAUCCAGGACAAGUAGUGGGUAAAUCACUCUUUGCAAGGGCAGGGCUGGCCAGAUUCAGGGUUAUGUGCUAAACUGGUAAGUGGGGCAUGGUUUAUUUGUCCUAUUAAAAAAAAAAAAAAAAAAAAAAAAAAAGAUCCUGUUCUUGUUGCAAUUGCUGGUACACUUGGGAAUUGCUGUUGCAGAAAAGAACCUAGCAUGGGGGGUCAAUGCAAAGUGAGGCAGAUCUGGGGCAGACCUCGUUCCUGGAACCGUGUGGCCUCAGCCCCACUAGCAUAGCUGCUCCCCGGUGAUGCAAGCCUGAGUAUCCUUGUUUAAACAGGCUCGGCACAGACAUCCUAUCUCUGUGUAAGCAAAAGAAAGCUAGAUGGGCGGAGGACUUUUUAUUUAGAUUAAGUCCUGAUUCUAAACCCAUUAACUGAAGUCAAUGCAGAUGUUCCUUUUACGAAGGGGUGCUCUGUUUGGAGGGGAGUGGGGAAGGCACUGGCCUUUGACCAUAUGGGCUGGGGUGGGAAUGAGCUGCCUGGAUUUUGAAUACUUGCCUCCCCCCCUUCAGAAUAUAUUGCAGGAGACUUUUCAGCACAGCAGCCGCACAAAUCUUUGAUUCAGCUCCCCUAAAAACUUCCAAGGAAUGAUCUCAUUUCCGUCUCUGAGGAAAGAGGAGUGUGAAAACGGAUCUCCAUUAAACACACUAGCACCCACUGGUUUUUAAAGGCCGGAGAAACAGCUGCUUUGCAGCCACCUUGCGGAUUCACUUUGCCUGGAGUUAAGCCAUGGAUGCAAGGUGCCUGGGAGAUACGAAGCGCUAAAUAUUAUUAUUACACAUUCAUGUUGCUGCUCCGAAGCGCUCUCCUACUGUGGAGGCGAAUAGGACCCUGAACCUGCAUUUUCCAAGCGUGACUAGGGAUUCUGGGGUGUCCAAUGUGAGACACCUCAAAGGGGCAUGACUUUCAGAAAGCAGCUCUGAAAGCAUGGCCCCCUUUGAGGGCAUCCAGAAACAGUGGCACCCAAAAUCUCUAGUUGCUCUUGAAAAAAAUGAGGCCGUGGAUUCUGCUGUUCUAUGCAAAGAGCCUUAACACUAAACCUGAUUGCACUUAAUCCCCGAGAGCAGGGGCGUUUUGGUCACCCAGGGGCAUUGUGGGAUAUUAUCAUGUGUGGCAAAACCAGCUCAGAGCGCCAAUACUUGAAAUUUUCAAGUAAGGUUUGGUGCCAUAAAGAGAUUUUUCUGUUCAGAAAUAAGAACCAGACGCGUCGCUGAAUCCUGCGUGGGCAGCGACGUCCCAGUCCGGGUCCCUAAGGGGCUGGGAAACUAACUUUUCCCUCCGUCACCAAAGCAGUGUGUUACUGCUGCUGUUGGACUGAUUGUCUCCAGGUCUAAGUGCCGGGGCAGCACGCCUGCAAAGACCCCCUUAGAAAAGGGCUCAGCCAAAGAAUCACAAUAAUAAAAGUGUGUUUCAUGCUUC